UCAUAUUUCGCAAAGUAUCAUGUACUUGCACAAAAAGACGUUUCCACGUUUCGGGGUCGAUCGACUUCUCGGAGCUUUUUUUCCUGUUUUCGCAUUUUCAGUCUUUUUUUGUUGCACAUGCAGGCACGUGUGGGGACUCCGAAAACGGAAAUCUAGAGAUGGCUAUCUGCAACGGAUCCCUUAACCAGGCACAGCAAUGAAGGGGGCACGUUCUUUGGCCGGGAAUCUUCACAUGCUAGAGGCUUUUGAUGAGGAUGUUAUGUGACCAUAGGAUUUGUUUUAUUUAAGGAGAAUGUGUUUUCCAAACUGAAGUUUGGUCCCAAAUAUGGGUGCAGCUUUGGAGGAAAGACUAGAAAAAGGAGUCGCUGAAAGUAGGCUUUUAUCACCCACCAAUAAUGGAAGCUGUCAACUCUACGCUACGGAACGCGUUUCUAACAGCGCCAGAAUCCUAUUUCCCGAAGUACUCACUGACAAUUCUGGUUGCCCUUUUGGCAGGCUUGAGCGUCAUACUGUUGAAUACAUCGGCAAAAACUCUGCUGCUAUUCUGCUAUCAUUGCUUUGUCGCUCCGUUUACUGGAUCGGCUAAAAAGAAGGCAAACGCCACAAUAGACCAGCAGUCUACCUUGGAGUCAUUCUAUGAGGCACAGGCAAAAAUCUAUGACGCUACCAGACCAUACUUGUUGAAAGGUAGAGAGCAAUCUUUGCAGCUAGCCAUCGCCAACUUGCAGAAGAAGAAGGAUUUGGUGUGGGUCGACGUUGGAGGCGGCACCGGAUGGAACGUGGAGUACAUGAACAGUUUAGUAGGUUUAUCGGCAAAGUUCAAAGCCGUUUACAUUGUCGAUCUCUCCCCCUCGUUGUUGGGAGUUGCCAAAGAAAGGUUUGAGAGAUUGGGUAUUACCAAUGUCCACUGUAUCCUCGAAGAUGCAUGUACAUUCCGCGUUCCCCAUGAUUCUGUUGACCUAAUCACAAUGUCCUAUUCAUUGUCAAUGAUCCCUACUUUCCAUUCUGCGAUUGACCACCUACAGCAGUUGCUGCACAAGAACGGUGUGAUUUGCUGUGUUGACUUUGGUGUUCAAUCUUGUGAAACCACCACAGGUAGAGUCAAUACAGUGGGUGGUUUGGCUAACAGACAUAUUCCAUGGGCUUUUAGAACCUUCUGGAGAGUCUGGUUUGAAACAGAUAGAGUGUUUUUGGAUCCUGCCAGAAGAGAUUAUUUGGAAUAUCGAUUUGGAACCUUGAAGUCGCUAAACUUGUGCAACAAAAAUCUGGGUAAUAUUCCUUACUACAUUUGGCUAGGCUGCGAUAAGGAUAGAUCACCUGCACUUUUGCACAGAGUGAAUGCAUUAGCAACUGAGUCUCCUUAUCUGGCGCCUCAGGAUGCUCUGGAAGCCAAAAAGGAUUUAAAAACUAGUAAAGGCCAUGAAGCAGCAAUGAGCAAUCAAAUUAGAAACCUUCCAUACCCAUCGUUGUAUUAUCAAGAAGACAUAUAUCGUGUCUACUAUGAUGAAAUGAGACCUGAGUACAACCAGUUCAAUAACGACUAUAUUUAUGCUUUUACGUGGGAAGACCCCAGAGAGGAUGAUAAGAUAUUGAAUUUCAAAUCAAGUGAUACCGUUCUAGCAAUCACCUCUGCUGGAGACAAUGUUUUGUCGUAUGCACAACUUCCAAACGCACCAAGAAGAAUACACUGUGUUGAUUUGAAUCCGUGUCAGGGUCAUCUGAUGGAAUUGAAGUUGGCUGCUUUCAAGUCUCUCACGAAAGAAGAGGUUUGGCAGCUGUUUGGUGUCGGCAAAAUUGAAAACUUCAAUGACCUUCUAAUCAACAAAAUGUCGCCACAUAUGUCAUCUAAUGCUUUACAAUACUGGUAUGCAAAAGGUCCUCAAACUUUUGAUGUCAAAGGCAGAGGCCUAUAUGAUACAGGAUUUUCCAAAUGGGCAUUGAGAAUGGCUAGUUAUCUGUUCUAUUUGACAGGAGUGAAGGACGAUGUCGAUGAAUUAUGCUCAGCAAAAACAAUGAAACAGCAAAAGCAAAUUUGGGAUGCAAAAAUCAAGCCGACAUUAUUGAACCCUAUCGUCUCCAAACUUCUGGUAGGAAAUCCUCUUUUCCUAUGGAAAGCAUUAGGUGUCCCUGCUAACCAAGCUGCUAUGAUGGGCAAUUCUGUUUUGAAAUAUGUUAAAGACACUUUUGAGCCAAUGGUUGAUCGGUCGCUAAUCUCAACAGAUAACUACUUUUACUACCUCUGCUUGCAAGGUCAAUACUCUAAAAACAAUUGUCCUGACUACUUGACUUCCCAUGCUUUCAAAACUUUCUCACGUAAGGAAGACAGCCCACUAAAUCGUAUCAGAAUCCAUACUGAUUUCCUCAAUGACGUCUUUUCACGUUUAACACCUGGCUCACUUACAAUUGCUAUCAUUAUGGACCAUAUGGAUUGGUUCUCUGAAGAUGGUACCGAUGCUGAUACUGAAAUAGCUGCCCUAUAUCACGCCUUAGGUUCAGGAGGAAGAGUUAUGUUAAGAUCAGCAUCGGAACACCCAUGGUAUAUCUCAAAUUUUGAAAAAAUUGGUUUUACUUGUGAAGCUGCGGCUGUAAGAACUCCAACACAUGCUAUUGAUAGAGUCAAUAUGUAUGCUUCAACAUGGGUCUGUACGAAGAUUGGGAAGAGGAGAAACAUGAGCACGUUACAAUUAUAGAUGAUCUUUUGUAAUCUAAAUACUUGUCCUUCUAGUAAUUAAAUGAAUAUAACGAACCAAAGAGCCUGACUUCACCAGACAUAAAUAAAAUUCUAGAAGGUUUCUUCAAAAUCUUCUUAUAAGGUGAGUCAACGAAGGGGGUAAAAUGAAGUCUAACUAGCAUUGC